AAAUCGGGGAGUUGGAGUCUGACAAAGGUUUUUCUUUUCUUCAUCCCCGCUCUCGUUCUUUCAGCCUAUAUAUUUCACCGCACUGCUUAUACGCUCUCCUAUAAACCAAACUCCCUACGUCCCAUAUCCAGACAGCUUCUUUCUGGUCAUCUCAACUUCCAACAUAGCAGCAAAAGCCCGAGCUCAAUCAGCAAUCAACGCAAUCUCUACUCCUUUGAGACUUCUGUAUGCAGAUGGACUGAUUCUUGGCCAGCUUUGGUAUCGUGUUAAUAUUUGACCCUUCAAAGUCUUGGAACUGGGAGACAUUGGAUAUCUAUGUUCGAUAUUUGAAGCUUAUGGAUGACCAUACUGAACAGCCACUUCCACCUGGAGUUUCUAUGUCAAAAUCUUCACCGCUUGUGCCAACUUAUAAUCCUGCAGCCCAUUUGACUCACUCCUUUCAGAAAACUGCUAAUUCUCAUUACAAUGCUGGCAAUGGCGAUGGCACUCUUUUCCCUGUGGCCCCUUCUAUACAACCUUGCUCUGAAGCUUUUCGUACCUCUGGACAAGAGUUUUCUGAGGCUGUACUCAAUACGUUGCCGUCCAAUUUGGAAUCUGUUAACGGAUUAAAGUUGCAGCCACAAAGUACUAAUGAUCUUGAGAGUGCUGCUCAGAAUGCUGUUUUGCAUGAACAGGAAAUUGCAGCUCAGAAAGUAAUACAAAGUCAAAGAGAAGCAAGGGCUGCAAGCGGACCUGAAGAUAGUUCAGAUAUUUUCUCUGGUCGUCAUGACCCAAAUGCUUUAAAGGAGCAUUUACUCCAAAUGACGGCAGACCAUAGAGUGCAAAUGGCCUUAAAGCGUGGCAAGGCGUCACAGCCCGAGGAAGGUAAUAUGGAAAUUGGAAAUGGAUAUGGUGUGCCAGGUGGAGGUGCUUAUUACAGUGCUUCAAAUCCCGAUGUCUCGAUCUCCAAGACAAAUACAAUCACUGGUCACAGAACAAAUCAACAUGGUACAGAGCCUACUGGGGGUCCUGGACAUAAUUCUGCUGGUAAAGAGUUGCCUGAAUACCUCAAGCAGAAGUUGAGGGCUCGAGGUAUUCUGAACGAUGAUUCAAAAAUAGAGAACCUUGCCAUAUCAAGCAAUAGCUCAAUGGAACAAUUAUCAAAGACAUCAGAUACCAAUUUGCCUGUGGGAUGGAUUGAAGCAAGGGACCCUGCAAGUGGUGCUUUAUAUUUUUAUAAUGAAAGUACUAUGAAAAGUCAGUGGGAUAGACCUACUGAGGCUCCUGCACUAGUUUCCGGGGUGUGUUCGGUACUUCCUGAAUAUUGGCAGGAGGUUUUUGAUGAAUCAACUGGUCAAAAGUACUACUAUAAUUCAAAGACGAAUGUAUCACAAUGGGUGCAUCCUUCUAAACCACAGCAGGUUGCCACGCAGCACCAUGAUACAGCAGUUUCCAGCAAUGCAACUAUUGUAACUUGGGGUAACCAAGCUUCCACUUUCCAGAGAUGCAUUGAAUGUGGUGGAUGGGGUGUGGGCCUUGUACAGUCCUGGGGUUAUUGCAAACACUGCACUCGAGUUCUCAAGCUUCCUCAAAGCCACUAUCUGUCAGCAAAUGUGGAGAGACAACAGCAAACACUUGGCAAUGCAGGUGCCACAGAAGACACUGACAAAAAGUUUGAGGGACAGAGGUCCAGUUUCAAACCACCAAUGGGUAAAAGUAACAAAAAAGACAAACGGAAACGCACACAUGAUGAAGAUGACGAAUUGGAUCCUAUGGAUCCAAGCUCUUAUUCCGAUGCUCCUAGGGGCGGUUGGGUUGUAGGUCUCAAAGGAGUGCAACCACGGGCAGCAGAUACCACUGCAACGGGUCCUCUCUUUCAGCAGCGCCCAUACCCAUCUCCUGGAGCAGUCUUGCGUAGAAAUGCUGAAAUUGCUUCUCAAAAGAAAAAUCCUAAAUCGCAUCUUACCCCUAUAUCUAAGAGAGGUGAUGGUAAGGAUGGACUAGGUGACGCUGAUUGAAGAAUUUAAGCCUUUGUGUCAUAUUAUUUGCUGGAAGAUUCUCAGAGAAGGAGUUUUUCCAAUUGAAGUUGCUAGACAAGAAGGCGCUAAACAUUAUUACAUACAUUAUAUCGUAGAGAGGCAUGGAUGAAAUUUUUUCUUGAGGUUCCUAACAUAUGGAUUUAGUAGGUUUUUUAACUGCGGAGUGUCAUAAAAACUGCAAAUAGACGUGUAGAACAAAAAAGUUGCAGCUGAAACGCUAGUGUAUUCUUUUUAUUUUUUAAUUUUUUACAAGAGACUUUCAAAACUUUAGAAACUGGGAUUGUCUUAGGAGCAUAGACCAGCCAAUGUGUAGAAGCUGUUAAUUGUAACCCUAUAUGUGUUUGGCAUACAGUUUUUGUAACGAGAGAAUGAGUAGUAGAGAAAGACAUGUCAUGAAAAGGAGCCAACUUGAAUUCUCUACUAAAGUCUGCACACUGCUGCAAUCAGAAAGUUAAACACUUUGAUCCUACUGAGUUUUUACUUGUUA